AUGGAUCCUCAUGUCAUCUUGAGUCCAAUGAAACACUUCUGCGUGUGUUACGGCACGAUUACGGGUCAGGACUGGAGUAAGACAGAUGACAGACUGCUGCAAGCGGUGGAACAGAAUGAUCCGGAAAAGGUAGUAUCACUGCUGGUGAAGAAAGGUCUGUGCCCAUCCAAACUGGACGCGGAGGGCAAAUCAGCGUUUCAUCUUUGUGCGUCUCGAGGUCGGUUGGACUGUCUCGAAGUCAUUCUCUCCCAUGGUGUGGACAUCAAUGUAACAGAUGGCACAGGGUUUAAUGCUCUGCAUCUUUCCGCCAAGAAUGGACAGUCAGACUGCCUGAAGAGACUUCUUCAGGAGAGGAUGCCUGUGGAUUCCACAGACAGUUUUGGGAGGACUUCCCUGCACCAUGCUGCUGUAAGUGGCUGCUUGUCUUGCACUGAAACUCUGUGGGACUUUAAGGCCAACCUUGAUGCUCAAGAUGGAGAAGGAUCAACUCCAUUGAUCUUAGGGACCCAGAUGAGCAGAGUGGAGCUGUGUGCUUUCCUUUUAGAACGUGGAGCCAAUCCUAAUAUACAGGACAACCAGGGCAGAUCAGCUCUGAUGUUGGCCUGCGAAAGUGACAGCAUGGAGACAGUAGAGGUGUUACUUAAAGGUGGAGCCAACCCACAUCUAACCGACGCCUUGGGACACAACUCCGCCCACUACAGCAUUACUGCCGGCAACCACAAUAUAACCCAGCUUCUGCAAAAUGGAGGCAGUGGGGCCACAGCUGCUGAGGGUUCGAGUGAAGAGCAGACUCCUCCCCCUGCCUCUGCUAGCGGAACCACACCUCGCAAGAGGAGAGCACCGCCUCCACCUAAAUCUCCUGCUCAGGGAACGUCCCCUUCCACUGACACCUUAAGCACACCACCUCCUCCUUCCCCUACCCAGUCACCUGAGCCGCACAGCCCAGCCCCGCCCUCUCCCGCCCCCCGGACUCAGCUUCUCCCAUCUGAGAACUAUAUGGAGGAUGAGGAGGUGUUUGAAGAGAUCCGUAAGCUUAGGCUGGAGAGAGGUCGUCUGCUGCAGAAAAUCAAGAUUCUGGAGCAGCAUCAGAAUAGCGCCACUUCUGCCCUGGAGGAGCUGAACUCUCUGAGAGAGCGACUGAGUGAAACUGAGGCAGAGCGUGACCAACUUCUGGCAGAGCUGAAGGAGCUGAAAGCAGCACGGGUGAGCGGGGUGAUAACCUGCGACUCUGAAGACGCAGAGGACUCUGAUGACAUGAUGGACUUCCCAGGGGCAGAAAAGUUGCUGUCUAGGCAGUCACGAGGCCUAAAUGGCAAUUCAUCGGCUGAUGGGGAGGAGGGUGACUCUCAGGGGAAUCCUGCCUCACUGGAACAGCUUCGCAGAAAAGUGGAGGAACUGACUUCACAGAACGCCGACCUGGUUCUUAAAGUGCAGAUGCUGGAGAUGUUUGAGAAGGACGACACAGAUAUGCAGAGUUCGGGUCCAGACUUUGUUCCCACAGCCCAGUAUGAGUCUUUGAGAAGAGAGUUAGAGGAGUUGCAAGAGAAAUACUCCAGAUCCCAGGCUGUAGCUGAGGCCUCAAGCAUUGCAGAGGAUCCUGGGUAAUGUAGUAAAAGUGAGCUUAAAAAACAGAAGAAACUAGAGGAACAGCUGGCUCAAGCCCAGGCUGAGCUAGAGGAACUCAGAGAACAGAUGCGACUUGGCGUCUUCUCAGUAGAGGACGCAGGAGCGAAGCCUGAUGCGGGCUCUGAGGCCCCAGAGGAAAGGGCAAACUCGGAGCCCCAACAGCUGAGAGUUAGGGUGCAGGAGUUGGAGGUGGAGCUAGCCUGCAAACAGACAAAAGGGGAGGGGCUUAAUGAAGAUAACAAUGACAUAAUCCAACAGCUGAAGCAGAAGGUGGAAGAUCUUGAGGCAGCUCUGCAGGACAAGGAGAAAGGGCAAGACGGAGACGAAAACAAGACAGUUGUGAGCCUUAAAAAGCAGAUAAAAAAACUGGAAGAAGCCCUGAAGCAAAGCAAGGUUGCAGGGCAUGGGGACAGUGAGGGAGUGCCUUUGAAGGAGUUGCGGGCACGGGUGGAGGAACUUGAGAAGGACUUGAAGGAGAGCGUCCCUCGAGGUCAGUUCGAGGAGGUCCAGGUCACCCUUGGUCUUCAACUUAACCAGCUCGCUCGAGAACGGGCUGAAGUGGCCACGCGACUCAACCAGGCCUUGCUGGAGCUGGAGAGGCUCCGUGCCCCCUCCCACAUCGAAGGAGAUGAAGAUGAGGAGGACGAUGAGGACCCGUCCGAGAGCUCUGAGGUUUCCGUCGCAUCUGAUCACUCUCUCCACCUGUCGUCAGGUGGACGGACUUUGGCGGCAAUAAAGGAGGAGCUGGAGGUGGCGAGGCAAGAGGCAGCACAAGCUCUGGACAGCCUAUGCGCAGAGCGAGAGAGCCGGGCUCAGGAUGCCCUACACUUGAGAGAUACAGUACCACUGUCAAAACACCAGGAGGCGCUGUCUGCUGUAGCCCAACAGCUAGCUCAAACUGAGAAAGAGCUGCAAGCAGAGAGGGCCCUGCGAGAACAUGCUCAUACUGAGCUGGCCAGACUAGAAUCUGAACUGAAGGUGGUGCAAAAGGACUCGAUAAGCAAAGAAGAGCAAGACAGAGUCAAGGCAGAACUGGAGCACGCUCUAGAGGAGAGUCGGCAGAAUUUAACAGCAGUGCAGGAGUCUCUGAGUGAGAAAGAGACAGAGCUGAAAGAGUUGCGAUCUCAGAAGGCUUUAGAACAGGGACUGGUGUCCAAAGAAGACCAUGAGGCCCAGAGACUCUCUCUACAAGCUGAGAUCAACACGCUGACGGCCCAGCUAGCUGAUCUAGCACGCAAACACGAGAAGACCUGCACUGAGGUAUUCCAGGUGCAGCGUGACGCUCUGUUUAAUAAGAGCGAACGUCAGGUUGCUGAAGCUCAGUUGGAGACAGUAAAAAAGCAGCUGGCUGAUCUGCAGGCUGAAUCCACCCACAUCCAACAGCUGCACCAGGACAUCCAGCACUCACAAGGUCUCAUCAAAGAGAAAGACCGCAAGAUUACAGAAUUGUCUAAGGAGGUGUUUCGUCUGAAGGAGGCUCUGGGAGCUCUGACCCCCCCACUGAGUCGUACCGCAUCCCCACCAUCCUCAGGAACACCUGGACAGCAGCUGGCACUACAGAACCGUGUGACUGUACUAACACAGCAACUCCAGGACUGGGAGCGCAAACAUAAAGCUGUUGUGUCUUUAUAUCGUUCUCAUUUAUUAGCUGCUGUACAGGGUCGAAUGGAUGAAGAAGUGCAGGCUCUGCUGUUCCAAAUUCUCCGUAUGACACAGAAAGGUGAUAAUCCGUAAAAAAAGUAAAAUAGAUAAAUAAAUAAAAAAACUCCAAGCGAGGUGACACACUGACGGCAC